AUGUUUGCAGCUUUAGUUACUGGGAAACCCGUCAUAACCGAUUUUGCGAUAGUUGCCGAAGGGAAGUUUUUAUUUAACCUGCCAUGUCUGGAGAGCAGUAAUCACCUGGUCGUAUUUCUUACCGGACAGACACCACUACCUGAGGGCUAUGGUGCUGCAGUUCACUUUGGCUUUAUCGAUAAUGGGGUCACUUCUUGGUACUAUCUCGGAUUUUUAUUAAACGAGCGGCCCAGUGCAAUUUACAAGGUGUCCGGUCUCAAACCAAAAGCCGAAAGCAUAGUAUCAAGUCCAUUUGGAGAUUUGUCCCUUAUGACUCCAAGCGCCUCUGUCAUGGCGCAAUUGGGAAUAUCCAUCGAGCCGCUAAGCGAGUUAGUGACCCAGACCCCUGCCGUAAAUAACGUGGCAAGUCAAGACGCAAAAGAGGGCGCAAUGCGGUUCACCCAGUUUGCUGCUGAGAAUUUAUACAAUUUCGCUUCUGGGUGUGCUGUGGAUAUACCGGGAUCGUCGCAGCCGCUCGUUCCUCUUUCGACAAUUCAACAAUGGUACGAAGCCACACAACGGAAACUCCUUCUAAAUCCUGACUUUUGGAAAAAGAUACAGUUCGUCGUUGGAUGUCGUCGCAGCAACUGA